AUCCAGCCCAGCUAUUGCCACUUUACGAAUACAUUGGUUGCAUAUGACUAUUUGUCCUUCUUUUUAAUCCUCGAACUAAAAAAGGAGAGGUACUGUACGGAUACCUUGCUUUUGCUAUCCAUAUUGCUCCGUCACUCCCGUACCUACGGACACCACACUCUUAGUCUCUUGUCUCUCCUCCCCUCCACUCGCUUUAAACAAGCCCGGCCAAUACCCUCUCCUCCAAAGACCCAAUCCCAUAUUUGCUGCACAAUCCCGGAUCCUUCUUUAAGCAGACAGGCUUCCGCAUUUCCUUUGGCUCGGGACAACCCCAGCACACCUCUCGUUUUACUCGUCCAUUGCGAAACUGGUGGCGAUUCUGGUCAGCAGGAAGUAUUGAGAUCUAAACGAGGCCGCCCGUUCAUACUCACUGAUCACACACACACACACACACACUACGGAGUACGGAUACCUUACGGACACACAUAUGCUACUAUUCAUCGAUAUUGAAUAAUACGCCAACGAUCAUGCAACCAUUCAGACAUUGGUCCUUUGACAGACACCCCAGUAUCCUUCGAUAACUCAUCACCACACACAUACUCUGCCCACUGACCACGACGCUUUUCCCGCGUCGGCUGAUGGGAAAAUGGCCCUUUGGCCCUUCCGCCGGAGGAGCGGUCGCAAACGCUCGCGAAGCGGCGCAAACCUUUCAGACGUCGAGGCACCACCAACAUCAUCCUUACAAGCACGACGUCUUACAGCGGGCGAAGCCACUGCGCCGAGGGCGGCCAUGCCGAAGAAGCAACGCCUCGAGAAGCAGCAACCGGCGCCCAGAAGAGAACGCACCUACAGCUUCUCCCCCGGUCGCAAUGACUCCAUCCGUGUCGCGGGGCAAAAAGGCUCGGUUCCACUAGGACCUGGCCGGUCGACAGGGCUCUUCCCAGCCGACCGAAAUGACGGAGAAGAAAAAGGGGAUCCCGCGUGGCAGCGGGCGCCAACCCUACAUAAUGCACGCCACGGCCAACCGUCGAGGUCCUCUCGACGCAAGACCAGCAAGAGGAGGAGAGAAGAGACGGAUCGCGAGGCGGAAAUCAAGGCCAUGGCAAACUUCGCCCCGGUACGACCGGCGGCCGACCCUUGGACGUCAGGGCGGCCCAUUAGGAAACAGAGCAAGAGACUCAAGACCGGCCUCGGCUUCCGUAGGAGCUUCGAAAACCCGCAGUCGGACGUUUCAUUACCGAUAUCGAUUCACUCCAGCAUGUCAUCCGACACGGAGCUACACUCGUUCCGAGUCUCUGCCCUCGAGGCACUAUCGCCCCGACCAACAUUACGAUACGCAGUAUACCCACGAUGGGGUCCCGGACAUGGUUCGGCGCCAUCGCGCACACAGCAACAGAAGAGGAAAGUCUCAGAGAGGGUGCCCGAGUCAGUGGUAAGGGCACACAAGAGGGUCGAUAGCUUUGCGGAUGAUUUGGACGCCGCAGACCUGAGGGAACUGAUGGAGAGGGAUAACAGGAGACGAGAAAGGAAACGCCAAAGAGACCAGGAACGGAUAGAAAGGAGACUGGCACGGAGAUCAGAGAAGCAGCGCGAGGCCGUGGCAGAAGCCCGUCACAGUGGGUCACCACCGCCGGUUAACUUGGAACGUGGUGUUCUCGGCCGCGAACUCGGCUUGGGAAUUGACGCAGCGUCUGCAGUGGUUACUUCUUCCAGGAGACGGUCAUGGAGUUCAUCACGGCAUUCAAGGAAGAUUUCAACGACCAAGGACUCCGAGCCGGAGCAGGAGCAGGCGCAGGAACAAGGACAGGAGCAGGAACCGCAACCUGAGACGAGGGACAUCGAGCCGGAACCAGCGGCCAUCCAACACUUUCACCGGACGACGAGCAUCCCGCCAGAGGCACCGCCUUCACCGACGCUGCCUACACAGCCUGUCCCGGAGCGCAAGACGAGCACGAAACUUACGCCCAAGGCCAGCAUGAGAUUGAAGAGGAGCUUCCUGCGGAGAAUUUCAAGAUCAAGAUCGCCCAAUGCCACAGAGUCUGACCAGCACGCAAUCUCGCAAUAUUCGUCGAGACAGGAUGAGGGCGAGACCCCCCGCAAGGAUACUCGCGCUCGCAUCUCUUUCUCAGCGCUUUUCCGCCUGGGCAAAAGAAAUAGGAGAAAUUCGGGACCGUCUUCCUUCUCGAACACAUCGCGCGAGACGAUGCAGGCAUCAGCCGCCGCCGCACAGAUCUACUCGCAGUCGGCAACGCAUGUGCCCCAGCAGCAGGAAGAUGCGGCCGCGGCGCCGGUACAAGUGCCGAUGCCAGCGAUCCCCCCACCUGUCAACUACAUUCCUCGCAAGGUCAGCAACGGCGUUCCGAAGCGGACCAGGUCGCGCUUCAGGGAGGAUUUGCCCGAACUGCCCCUCAGCCCACCCGACUCGCGCGUAGGGUCCCCGGAAGUGGAAAUGCCUCUGCCUGUUGUCUCAGAGUCCAAGUCGGGAGAGAUUUCGCAGCAGGAUACGCCUGCUGUGAGACACGACACACCGACAUCAGACCUGCGACGCGUCGAUGAGAAGAUGGAGAAGCUGGAGAAGAUGAGGCAGACGCCCACGUCGCUGCGACACAGCAUCCAGCCAUCCCCCGAGCCUGUUUCUCUUGCGUCCAUCGACUCGGAAGGAUCAUGGCUCUCCGGCCGCGUUGGCGCCCGCCGCUCGUCCGGCAUGCGGGGCAGCAUGCACCGCCUCCCGCCUCAGAACGUUAGCCACUCUGCAUCGCCCAACGAUACGGAGGAAGAACUCGCCGACGAUGAGUACCUUUCCAACCUGGCCACGCCAUCCCGCGAAAUGCUCGCCGACGAAGAACGUACCCCGCGCAAGUCGACGGGCGACGCGUUCCCCAGCAGCGACGAGGACGAGGUGAUGGAAGACGCGGAUAUGAAGUGGGGGUCGGUCGACAGGCAGCGUGCCACCGUCGUGCAGCAUCAGAGGGUCAAGAGCCGCGAGGGCAUGCUGAAGUCCUAUGGAGAAGACAGCAUGUCGUCGCCCGAGGGCUCCGAAGAAGGCGAGACGCCCCAGCUUCAACGCGCCACGAGCGUGAGCCUCAGCAGGGGCAACGCCAGGCAUGUGAGCGCCGGGAGCACCAAGAUGCUCGAGGUUUCUCCCCGCUCGAGCGUUGACCACAGGAGGAGCACUGACGCAGUAUUUUGAUGAGAUUAUGUUUCGGGGGAUUACUGAAGAUGUUUUACUAAUGAACAGGGGAAGAUGAAUCUCCAGCCAAGCCUAUGAGACGUACAAUCACUCGAAAUUUCCUUAUUAUCUCUCUACGUCGAGAUAUACAUCGACACCCGACACUCGUUACCAAUUUCCUUACAACUCUAUCUAUCCACCGACCAUAUUCACUCAUUACAUACUAUUUCCUUGCCACUGACGACAAAAACCACAAAAACACUUGGAAAACGACAAAAAUCCGGAUAUGCUCUCAGACUUGGCUGGCUUCAUCGACUCCUCUCUUCCACAUCUUCGCCCCCGCUCUCAAAAAUCUACGCGACUCUUCUCCUUCCCGCCUACAACGACACCCAAUACCGACCGACGCGGAACUUGCCUCAAGAGUUGUGGGCUCCUCUGCGAUUCAUCUGAUGUACGAUACGACCUUAACGACCCGCACCUUUCUUCUUUCCGCCGACGACGAUGACGACGCGUUCUCUACGUACGCGUUUCUGCGCGGUGGCACUUGUUUCUUCGUUUCAUGUUCUCGAGAAUACAACGUUUGAUACCACGUCUCCUUCCACCGUUCCCCUUUCCUCCACAAUCCCUUUCCGAAGGAAAAUGUGGGAGGAGGAGUAGGAGGGGGAAGCGAGAUGAUUUGAGAUUUUUUGGCUUUUUUUUCAAUGUGACCCUGUGUAAGGGUCACAGUUGCGCACCCAACAACCAACCCCUUUAGACCGGCAGUGACAGCACGCCUGCGCACUCCUUUGAUGAAUGCUCUGCGAUUCUCUCCGAGGAGACGGGGAAACAACCUAGAUUUGGGGAUGGGGAAAACAGCACGAAAUGAGGGGAAUUCAGAGGAGGAUGGGGAAAAACAGGAAAAGAGCGAGCAUUCGCGGCGAUGCGCUGCCAUUUUUUGCUAAAGGGGAGGAAGUCAUGUAUGUAGUAAAGGCAUAACAACAGGAG